UGCCCCAGGCUCCCAGUGGGUGCCUCCGUGGCAAACCCCUAAACUGGCAGGACCUGCUGGGCCAUCUGCAAGGCGACAGGGCUGGCCCUGGCCCACAGUGCUCUCAGCAAGGAGAGGCUGCCCAGGAAGGAGUUAACAGAGGCACUCUGGGUCAGGAAGGCGAGGGUUAAUCUGGGGGGUGGAGGCACUCUUGGCUUUUCCUGUGGAGAGAGGGUUAGCUGCCACCAAAGUGACUGCUAGUCCGCUGUCCCUCCUGCCCUCAGUCUGGACCAGCCCAGCGCCCCCUGCAAUUUGGCUUCCUACGCAGAGGUCCCUGGGAGCUGCGCACCACUGCUGUAGGUUCCUGAAGAAGCUGUGUGCCCCCGCAGGCUUAUGGGGCUCUGUGGGGCUCAGCACUGCUAAGAUGCUCCUGGCCUCUCCGUCCACCCCGUCCAGGGGACGGACCCCCAGCGCCGUGGAGAGGCUGGAGGCUGACAAAGCCAAGUAUGUCAAGACGCACCAGGUGAUAGCGCGGCGACAGGAGCCAGCCCUACGUGGGGGUCCCGGGCCCCCCACCCCGCACCUCUGCAAUGAGCUGGGGGCCCCUGCGUCGCCCAGGACGCCCAGACCCGCCCGCAGGGGCAGUGGCAGGCGGCAGCCGAGGCCUGACUCCCUCGUCUUCUACCGCCAAAAGCGAGACUGCAAGGCUUCGGUGAACAAAGAGAACGCCAAAGGCCAGGGUCUGGUGCGGCGCCUCUUCCUCGGCGCUCCCCGGGACACUGCCCCGAGCAGCCCGACCCCAACAGAGCGGCCCGCGGCUCCCGGGUCGUGGGUCGCGCCCCAAGAUGCCCCAGAAGCGGCGGGAAAGCGGGCGCUGUGCCCCACGUGUUCGCUGCCGCUGUCGGAGAAGGAGCGCUUCUUCAACUACUGCGGGCUGGAGCGCGCGCUGGUGGAGGUGCUGGGCGCCGAGCGCUUCUCUCCGCAGAGCUGGGGCGCCGACGCCAGCCCCCAGACGGGAGCUUCGCCGCCGCACGGUUCCGGGGACACCAGUGACUGGACAUCCAGCAACGGGGACGCUGACGGAAGGGAUGGUGCAGGCGGCGG